UAAUUAAAUUUCAUUUUUUUUGAUUGACUCAACAAAACCAAAGUCGGUCGUUUAUGAGAGAGAAAUGGGUAUGAUGAAAGAAGUCAAAGUCAAAGACGAGACUGAAGAAACUUCUCACUCAUCUCUCAGAUCAAAAUUCGUAACACAAUUCAACAAUCCAACACUAACCCACCAUUUCUUUCAUCAAUUUCUCCAAAACCCAUCUUCAAAAUCCUCUCAAACUCACCAAAAACCCUUCCUUUCCUCACAACAAUGUCUUCAUUCAACAAUCUUCAAAUACCCUCCGCCACAACUAUGAUAUCCACCGCCGCUUCCGCCGCCGCCGUCGCCAUGGUAGUCCGGUCAUUCGUCAGAGAAUACGUCCCUCCCGAGCUUCAACACCUAAUCUUCUUGAAACUAAGAAAGUUCACGAGUUCACUCUCUUCCCAACUCACCCUGGUCAUCGACGAGUUCGAUGGUCUUACAUAUAAUCACAUCUUCAAGGCUGCAAAGAUUUAUCUCAGACCCACUAAUGUCCCUUCCGAUACAAAGCGAUUCAAAGUUGUUUUACCCAAAAAAGAUGAAAACUUUUCAAUCACAUUGGAUAGAAAUCAAGAGAUUGUUGACUCCUUUAAUGGGGUCAAACUAAAAUGGAGAUUCUUUUCAAAUCAGAUCAAAUCUAAGUACAUUUCUAGUCCUGGUUCUCGUGGUCCGUACAAUUGGAGUGUUAAGUCUGAGCUUAGGUUCUUUGAGUUGAGUUUUCAUAAGAAGCAUAGAGAUAUGGUGAUUGAGUCUUACUUGCCUUAUAUUUUGGAGAAAUCUAAGAAGAUUAAGGAAGAGUUAAAGACAUUAAAGCUUUUCUCUUUGAAGAACAGAAUGUUGAGAAUGAGAGGAGGAAUGAAUAUGUGGGAAGAUGUGAUUUUUGAUCAUCCAAUGAGUUUUGAAACUCUUGCUAUGGAUUUAGAUAUCAAGAAGAAGGUAAUGGAGGAUCUUGAGAGGUUUGUUGAGAGAAAAGAUUAUUAUAGGAAAGUUGGAAGAGCUUGGAAAAGAGGGUACUUGUUUUUUGGUCCUCCAGGAACUGGGAAAUCUAGUUUGAUUGCUGCUAUGGCAAAUUACCUUAAAUUUGAUGUAUAUGAUUUGGAAUUGGCAAGUAUUAGGAGUAAUUCUGAGCUUAGGAAGUUGUUGAUUUCGACUGCGAAUCGGUCUAUUCUUGUUGUUGAGGAUGUUGAUUGCUCUAUUGAAUUGCAGAACAGGCUUAGGAAAGCUAAGCCUAAUAAUAAGAGUCUCCAUCAAUCUACAAAAAGGAAAUAUGAGGUGACUUUAUCAGGAUUGCUCAAUUUCAUAGAUGGAUUAUGGUCUAGCUGUGGCGACGAGCGUAUCAUAAUACUCACAACGAACCACAAAGACCGUCUGGACCCUGCUCUAAUUCGCCCCGGUCGUAUGGAUGUGCAUAUCCACUUGUCACAUUGCACCCCAUGUGGAUUCAAAAUACUAGCCUCCAACUAUCUAGGGAUCACAGAGCACCAACUCUUCUCGGAAAUAGAACAGUUGAUAGAGACAACAAAGGUGACUCCCGCCGAAAUAGGAGAGGAGUUGUUGAAGAUUGAGGAGCCUGAAGCUUCAUUGAGAGGUCUAAUUGAGUUUCUACAAAUGAAGAAAGGAAAAAAUUUGUGAUGAAAGUAAAACAUCUCUUGCUUUGAUUAAAAGGUUAUAGAGAAGUGAAGAUAUAAUGAAAUCUAUAUUAAAUUCUUACAUUUACCAAGUUAGACAUAAACUGGCUGCUUCUUCAGCUUAUUUUAUGUUCUUUUAUUUUAACCUUUACACUGAUUGAAGACACAGGAUUUUUCUUACUAAGUCAAAUAAAGAAAGUAAAAAAAUUCAAUAAA